AAAACACAGAGCAAUAUUGAGCAUGACCACUUUUACUUUCGGUGAGGUUUGGAGAGUUUUAUUACAUCGACUCAAGUUAUAUUGAAGAAUUGAAGUACCAAAAUGGCGAGAUUCUGUGGUUUGGUUACUGUCGAGAAUAAACCAGUUCCUCUGAAGAGUGUGGAAGUAGAUGUGCGUGUGCAGGGUCAUGUAGCCACAGUGAGCUCCACUCUACUGUAUGUGAAUGGAGAAGAGCGCCCCCUAGAGGCUGUGUUUGUGUUCCCUCUGCCUGGAGAAUGUGCCGUCUGCCACCUCAGUGCCAAGAUAGGAGACACAGAGGUGGUGGCAAAGCUGCAGGAGAAACAGAAGGCCCGAGAGGAGUAUGAUGAUGCGUUGAGCUCGGGCCACCAGGCCUUCCUGCUGGAGGAGAGUGCUCAGAGCCCAGACGUGUUCCAGCUGAACGUGGGCAGCCUGCCUCCAGGAGAGAGUGCUGCCAUCACUCUGGUCUACAUCUCAGAGCUGGCCAUGCAAGCUGAUGACGCCCUGCGCUUCUGUCUGCCCACUGUGCUCAACCCCCGCUACACACCCCAGGACAUGGACAGGAGUCAAAUGGCCACAGUGACUUCAGUCCCAGCUGGCACGGUGCCCUACACGUUGGCUCUCAGUGCUCAGCUGUCCUCCCCCCAGCCCAUCUCUAAAGUGGAGUCCAACUGUGCUCUGGAGCCACUGGCUUACCUCAGCCCAGACAAAACACAGGCCACGGUGAGUCUCUCUCCAGGCCACCUGUUUGACCGUGAUGUGGAGCUGCUGCUGUAUUACCAGGAUGCUCAUAAGCCCACUGCCAUAGUGGAGGCUGGACUGGACAGUGCUGAGCCAGACUCUUUGAUUAAGGACCCGGUUGUAUUGCUCAGCAUUUACCCAGAGUUCCCUGCUGCAGUAACAUCCUCACUUGCCACGUGUGGAGAGUUUAUUUUUGUGGUGGACCGAUCAGGGAGUAUGCGUUUCAAGAUGCACUCAGGAAAAGAUGCAAUGAUGCGCAUAGAGAGUGCCAAGGACACUCUGCUCCUGCUCUUGAAGAGCGUCCCCAUGGGCUGCUACUUCAACAUCUAUGGAUUUGGCUCCCGUUAUGAACAUUUCUUCCCGAAGAGCGUUGAGUACAACCAGAAGACGAUGGAUGAAGCUCUUGAGAAAGUGAAGGGAAUGGGAGCAGACUUGGGGGGCACUGAGAUUCUUCAGCCUCUGAAACACAUCUACAGCCAGCCCUGCAUCCCCAGCCACCCCAGACAGCUCUUUAUUUUCACUGAUGGAGAGGUGGGGAACACUAAGCAGGUUUUGGACUUGGUGAAGAUCAAUGGAAAUGCUCACCGGUGCUUCUCUUUUGGAAUUGGAGAGGGUGCAAGCACUGCUUUAGUCACAGGUAUGGCCAGGGAGGGCUCUGGGCAUGCUCAGUUCAUCACAGGAACAGACCGCAUGCAACCCAAGGUGAUGCAGUCUCUGCGCUAUGCGCUGCAGCCAGCAGUGAAGGACAUCUCUGUUCACUGGAACCUUCCAGAUGGUGUAUCAGUCACCACUUUGUCUCCUCCCCUCCAAGUGCUCUUCCAUGGUCAAAGGGCCCUGCUGUAUGCCCAGGUUAAAGGAGAGAGUCCAACGAAUCCUGAAGGAUCUGUGACAAUUCAGUACAACCUGUCGGAGGAGACGGUCAAGAACCAACUCAGCUUCUGCCUCAGACCCACAGGAGACACAGGAGUGACUCUCCACCGGCUGGGGGCUCGGGCUCUGAUCCGCUCGCUGGAGAUGGAGGAGCGGGCAGCAGGGCCAGAGGCCAAGGCCCUGAGAGAGAAGCUGCUGCAGCUCAGCCUGCAGUCUGGAGUCAGCUGCACACACACCGCCUUCAUCGCCAUCCACAAGGGCAGCGGACAGACUGUGCAGGGACCACUGCUCCACAGAACUGUGCCAACCCCAAGAAUGCCUUUUUGUGCACGAAGAUUAACGUGCUAUUCAGCGCCAGUGGCCAAGAAAGCUAGAAGUUGUGCAAAGAAUGCAGCUCCUGCUGGAAGGAUUUCUGCCAGGCUUUGUUCAAUGCCAAUUGAGUGUCAAAGUGGUGCAAUGUCUCCUCGAAUGUGUGUUGGUCGACCUUUAGCCAGUUCCCCGGCUAAUGUAAAAAUUAGAUCACCUCCAGUGCCUCCUAGUCCAUCUGGUGGCGUUUUGACAGCUGCAAGCGGGUUUUUUUCAAACUUAUUCAGUAAAGGCAAGGCACCCAGAAAGGUUCUGGGUUCAUCAAUGCUUUAUGGGUCCUUAAAUGAAGACAUGCUGGAUGCACCAGGUUCGCUUGGUGUGCUUCAAGAGUCACUCAAGGUAGAUCACCUCCUUCAGCUGAUCUCCCUCCAGAAAGCCACAGGAUCAUGGGAAAUGGAGUCCUCCUUGGCCAAGGUGUUGGAGAAGACAGAUGAUGAGUUGGACAAACUGAUGCCAGUGGGGGCAGACAAGGCUGUGUGGGCUACAGUUCUGGCUCUGAUUUGGCUCUAUGGUUUCCGCCUGGAGGCUCGGGAUGAAUGGCAGUUUGUAGCCAUGAAGGCAGCAUCCUGGAUUCAAGCUCAGAAAGUGGACUGUGUGUCUCAGUGUGUGCAGGCUGGAAAUACUCUGCUGGGAUGUCAGGUGCAGCAGGAGACUCUGGGCCUCUGAAGACUCUGUCUCAUUGCCAUUGUUACCACCACGAUCCGAUGCGAGCGUGCUCUGCAACAUUUAUCCCUGCGAUGGGAUUGAAAAGAGUGAAACAAAACUGGCUUGUCAGGCUUCUUUAUUCUACUUGUGAAGAUUCUUCAUAACUAUUUUUUAUUUUUUUUUUACCACGAUAUGCAUGGACAUUUUUAGCCUACGUACACUCAUCUGGAGCUAAUCUCCUUGCUCUAGUAGUGAGCGUUGGCGCCAUAAGGGCUUUGAUAAUAAACUCUGAGUGAAAGUGAAUUACAUAGUUUAUUUUCUGACACAUACUUAAAUAAAAUCCUUAACACAAAACAUGCAUGUUAUGGGACUGAAAAGAGUGAAACAAAACAUGUGUUACUGGCUUGUCAGACUUCUUUCUACAACCUCCAUUAACCACGUCCUUAUCCCAUCUAGCGCCCUAUAUUGUCUUAACAAGUCAUAUCACUAAAAAGGCUGAUCGGGCUGAUGAUGUUUACUAUAUCAGGAAAGUUUUCAGUAAGAAAAUGGGUCGCUGUAUCUGUGCGUUCAGACGAACAGACGGAUUGGUCGCUGCUGGCAGCUGAGAGAAGCCAGCUUCCAUUGAAAAUGAAUAACUUCCAGAAUCUUUGGAAGCUCAAGUCGCCCGCGGUGUGAACGCACAGUAUGGCGAAGAUAUUAGACUUAAUGCCAACGAUACUCAAACACUGCAUUAGAAAGCAUUCUAUGCGAGGCUUUUUUUGGUCUUAAACAUGGGGCCCCUGAAACAUGUGACCCCUUGGCAGAACUGCUUUGAACGUUCCAAACUGUGGCCGUGUCUAAAAGUCAAGGGCGCACGCUGGAUAGUACGUUCUCAGCGUCUCAGUUAGUAUGCUCCUCAGUAUGCGUCCCUACAUUUGGACAGCACAAACUAGUUGGCGUCACCUGACCUGGGACGGGGGGUGUGUUGCUUGACGAUUUGCAUGACGUUUGGAUCAAUGGAUUAUGGGAUAUCUGAAGCCAAAAAAGAUGCAUCGAUACACGCUUGGAAAUCACGCCAAACGAAGUACCCAUCUAGUGAGAGCGCUUGACUUUCAGACAGUCUAUUCUGACGUAACUUCUGGAAAAUGCACGCUGCCCAGCGUGUGUACUUAUGUUUCAGACACAGCCACAGUUGGCGGUACUCUCCCAGUAUAGGGCGCUAAUCCCAUCACUCUGAGAAGGCCCUCUAGUGGUGGUCUGGAUAGAUAACUCAGAUUAUUGUAUGCACAAUGACAGAAAGAAAAUUAAAUAAAGAAAUGUAAGAUGUUUAAAACAAUUAAUUUCUUUUUUAAAACUUUGUUGCUACUUUUUUUUAUCACUUUUUUAUCAAAUGUAUUUUUAUUCCAAAAAUAAAUCAAUUUGAUUAUGCUG